AAUAAUAUAGUAGAGAGAAAUAUAAAAGGGUAUUAGUAAAAGUAAGAGAGAAGAUGGUGUAAAGAGAGAAUGAGGAAGAAUUUUUUUUUUUUUUUUUUAUCAUUGGUGGGAUAAAAAUAUGAUCACAAAAAUGCUCAUGAGUUAGAAGAGAGAGAAAGUGGGUAGAGAGAGAAUGAAGAAACCAAUUUUUGCUCAUUGUUGGGAAUGCUCUAAGGUAAGCUGGUAAGGUCGAAAGGGGAGGAAAUUUGUCACUUAUGAGAAUUGAACCUUGCACCUCGAGGCGAGCUCUUGGAGUCCUAGGCCACUUCACGUCUUCACCAAAGAAGAGAAAAUAUUGAACUGAUCCAAUUUUAUUUCCAGUUUCUUUCUCUGUAGUUCUACUUCAACCAACAGUCCAACACCAACUCGCUUGUAAUCCCUUCACUUGGUUUUUGCAACAAAUCCAAAUAUCAUGCCUUUCUGAAGAAUUUCUACUGUUACAUCUUGCCCUCAAACCCCUUCUCUUUUAAUCAGGUAAAUUUGCUUUUCUUCGUUCUCAAUUUUGAUAUUUUUCUGUUCAAAUUAUUCCCCAAUUUUGACCUAAUUAUAUGUUAUGUUAUUAUGUUCAAUUGUACCGCUAAGCCCUUAUUUUGUUCGAAUUUGUUAAUUAUACAACUAAUUUUGAUCUAAAUAUAUGUUUGAUGUAAAUACUACUGAAUUAAGCUUUUCAAUGUUGUUGCUCUAUUCAAUUAUAUCACUAAUUUUAUGCUUGCUUGAUGAUAUUCUCUGAAUUGAACCUUUCAGUAUUGUUUUUCUGCUAGAAUUAUGAUGAGCUUAAUAAACAUGGAAUCUACUUCAAAGAAAAGUAAGGCUUCUAUGAGAAACGAUGCAAGAGAUAGGUUGAGUGAAUUGCCUGAUGAAAUUCUGGUGCACAUUCUUUCAUUUCUGCCAAUUUUAGAUGCUGUUAGAACUGUGUUGAUUCGUAGAUUUGGUAAUCUUUGGACUUUGGUUUCCUCCCUUCAUUUUAAAGACUAUGAAUUUUUCAAAGCAGAGAAUUGGCCUGGUAUCAGAAUAGACUAUGAUGAACAUAUUCCUCGUUUUACUAGUUUUGUACGCAAUGUGCUGAUGCUUCACAAAGGGAUCCCCGUUGAUAAAUUCCUGCUUCGUUUCCUCGAUGUGGAUGUGUGUGAUGAUGAUUGUGAAUCAUUUAUCACAGAUAUAAAAUUGUGGAUAAGAUUUGCAAUAGGUAGAGAAGUCAAGGAAUUAGAAGUUCAAUUUGAAAUUGAUGAUUUUGAUUUGUUUUUGCCUCGCUGUGUCUUCACAAGUCAGUUUCUUGUUAAGCUGAAAUUUGAUCGCUGUGAAAUUGAAGGGCUAAGUAGAGUCCAAAUGGGAUCUCUAAGAAAAUUAUCACUUACCUUUGUUAAGGUGAGUAAUGAGAUGUUCAAGAAAGUCAUAUUUGGAUGCCCUUCUUUACAAGAGUUGGUUCUGAGGUAUGCAUAUGGCUUGAACGAGCUGCAAUUUACUGCUCCAAACAUUGAAAAGUUAGAUCUUAAAUCCCGUUACUUAAGUGUGCUUGAUUGCCCCAACCUGAAAAUUCUAAAUAUUCAUCUCAAUUGUAGCACAGUAUCAUGUCUUCAAAUAGAUAAUAUUUCAUCUGUUCGUGAAGUUCAUAUUGGAUAUGUGCCCCGGUUUGAAAAGAUUGUGAACCAGAUUUGUAAAGCUGAGGUUGUUAAAAUUUCGGAUGGAGCUUUUCUGCAAUCAUUCUUCAAGGAGUUACAUGUUCCACAAACCAGAUGGAAGUGUUUACAUAUUGUGUUAUAUGAAGACCAGUUCAUAGGUAUUUGCAGAGUCUUGAGAAGUUUACCUCACUUGGAAGAGCUCAUAGUAUCUUCAUGGAGGAAGGAUAAAACACAUGACCACCACAUGCUCUCCGAAGAGCUCUCUUCCCCUUGUGUGAUUCCACAACUCAAAACUGUCACCGUGCAUUGCUGUGCCGUACCUUGUCAGAGUCUACUUCUGCUAGCAAAAUUUUCGCUUAAAAGUUGUGUCAACUUGGAAAAGAUGGUAAUUUUACCCAGUAUGUGUAAUGUAGUUGAGGACUUUAAGUUUGUGAAGCAAUUAUGUAGCUUUCCAAGGGCUUCAACAAACGUAAGGGUAAUCUUUGGUUCAGAUAUUUACUAGUACCAGACUAACAGCUGCACCUUUGCUACUCAGUCUUGUUCGGCUUAAGUAUCAACGAUGGUGGAUAUUCUAUUCGACUGCUGAUGAAAUGGCUUAACUAUAGUACUUCAUGCUAUGUUUUAAGCUUGUAUUGAGCGCUGAAGGUUACUUGGCAGUCAGAAGAGUUUCUAUUUCUAUGUCGCGGCCAGAGUGAAUGUAUAGUUAAGUUGUUUUAUAACGCCAAGGUUUUCAAAUUCUAGGAUUAAAUAUCUUAGGUGAGUAUCCCUAAUCAUUUCUUUUGAUCUACAUCAAUUUUUCCAUGUUUAUAGAUGUAGAUAGUUAUGCUAGCUGGAAGAUGUAUCUUUAUCUUUUGACCUACAUCAUAUUUUCAAGUAUGUUUGUACAUAGAUCUGGGUGAUGGUUUAUAAACCUUCGUAUAUGCGUUAAAGAAAGAGUUUUUCUGAUGCAUACUAUAAUGUGGUACCCCCUCCUCUUUCUUUGACAAAUUAUACUAUAAUGUGGUUGAGUGGUUCCCUUC